CAACGUAGGAAAUCAUUGUAGAGCAUCAACUGGGGAGGAUUUCUAGCAAAAAAAAAGAGGGUGAGUUGAUGUCGAGGAGUUAGAAAGCUCAGAAAGCGCAACUUUUGGGAGAGAGAAAGAGAGCGAGAUAUAGAGAGAGACAGAUCGAGAGAGAGAGAGAGAGAGAGAGAGAGAGAGAGAAAUAAAGUUCAGGCACCAGUGCAAAAGGACGUGGAGCUACACAAGACCCAGCUGCUUUUUACAGAUUUCAUACUGAAAGAAAGCGCAUCCUGGGAGACUUCAUGUGCAUCACAAUCUUCUCCACAUCUUAACAAACUUGCAAGGAUUUUUGUUUUUCCGGCUUGUUUUCUGCGUUUAGCUGUGUGCUCCGUUAAGCUUCAGAAUCACUCUGAUGCGUUUAAUUGGCGAGGAUUAAUAAAUAGACUGCGCACUUUUUUUUUUGUUUGUUUCUGAAGCAUCAGCUCGCGUUUAAUUCCGUCUAAAUUGCACGCGCCAUAAUUCAUCAUCAUCAUCUUCUUCUUCUUCUUCUUUUUAAUGAAUUGAUGGAGAAGAAACUUCCUGUUAUGCAGACUCCUUAAACCAACAUCGGUUUUUCUUUUUCUUUUUUUUUUAUGUUUUAAUGUCAUGGAAGGAUCCAGCGCGUCUAGUUUUGGAAUAGACACCAUUUUAUCUUCCGCCGGUUCCUGCAGCUCGGCGCUCGCGAUGAUGGACGGAGACUUCCGGGCGGCGGAUUUCCGGAGCCGCGCGACACCUUCGCCCUGCUCGGAUGUAGACGCGGGCGCGAGGAGCCCUUCGUCCCCGAUCUCCGUCACUGCGGAGCCUCCUGAGCCGCAUCCGGUGCAAGACGGCCUUCAUCAUCAUCUCCAUCAUCACCAUUAUCAUCCGGUGGCCCAAAAUCCGGCCGCGUGCGCCCCGCGGACCGCCACCUCCUCUUUUUUGAUCAAGGACAUUCUGGGCGACGGGAAGCCGCUGGCAGCGUGUGCGCCCUACAGCGCGAGCCUCGCACCCUCCCCGCAGCACCAGCGUCAGCAUCAUCACACUCCCAAAGCAGAGAGCGCGGACUGUCUCACCCCAAAAGCCGAGCACGACGAGCACGGAGGCAAAGCAGAAAAAAGAGACGACAUUCACAACGACGCCAAAUGCAACGGAACAAAAGAAGAGGGUGAUCGGGAAAUCUCGAGCUCCAGAGACAGUCCGCCUGUACGCGCUAAAAAGCCGCGGAAAGCGCGAACAGCCUUUUCGGAUCAUCAGCUGAACCAACUGGAGCGCAGCUUCGAGCGCCAGAAGUACCUGAGCGUGCAGGACCGCAUGGACCUGGCAGCAGCGCUCAACCUCACCGACACACAGGUCAAGACCUGGUACCAGAACCGACGGACGAAGUGGAAGCGGCAGACGGCGGUGGGACUGGAGCUGCUGGCGGAAGCGGGCAGUUACUCGGCGCUGCAGCGGAUGUUUCCGUCCCCGUAUUUCUACCCGCCGGGGCUGCUCGGCUCUGUGGACGGCACGGCGGCGGCGGCGGCGGCGGCAGCAGCGAUGUACAGCAGCGUUUACCGGAACAGCGCACCGGCGCCGCAUCCCGCAGCCACUCUGCACAGACCGCUCGUGCCGCGCGUGCUAAUUCACGGGCUGGGCGCGAGCGGGCAACCGGCGCUCAACCCGCUGGGGAACCCUGUUCCUGGCACGCCGCAUCCCCGGUAAAAAAAAAAAAAAAAAGUACAACUGAAAAAAAAAAUCAAUGAAAAAAGACAUUGGAGAGCGAGAACUGAAUCAGACUGAAGCGCUGACUUUUUUUUUUUCUCGAAAGGACACGCAGCGCUUUUCCCCCCAAGAAAGAAUACUAAAAGACAGUUUUAUUAUCGAAGAACAACAAGAAGAUGAUGAAGUGUUAUUAUUUAAGAUGGACCAUGCUUUUCUGAGUUAUGGCCGUGCACACAAAAGGUGACUGUUCAUUUGACGGAUUGUUGUUUUUGAUUUUUUUUUCUUUUUUGUACAAAUACACUUAUACUACUAAAUAAAUGUAAAUUUUAUUAGAGGGACAGAAAAAGGUUGAAUAAAGACAGAAUACUAAACACAAAGUUAUAUGGGAUGCUUUUUAACCAAAGUGGCUAUAUUAAUUACAUUUCACUCUUUCAAACAGUCAGGCACGACUUUUUAAACAUCUGAUAAUACGGUCAAUUAAUUAAAACAUUCAAUCAAUACGGAAAAUAAAUUCAAUAAUAAAAAAGCUCUAAUUCCCCCAAAUGUUGCCCUGCAAAUAAAUAGAACUUCUUAAAGCACAGUGGGUUUAGGUCUUUAUAAACGAUCCACAUCUUUAAAACAGCUUUUACUGUUACAUUACUUUUACAUUUAAGUCAGCUUAGACUUACUUUACUUGUGAUAAGCAUUUUAUUUUCAAAUGUAAGAGGCAAAUUUAGUUUAAACAUUGAUGAAACCACUUUUUAAAAAAAAAUAUAUAUAUGGGGCAUAUUUUAAGAUUGUUGUUAAUUAUUUGAGUUUCACUGAACAUGAAUUUGAGGUGAUUAAAAAAGAUUCAGAUUAUCUGACAGCUGAAAUUUUAAAUAGUUCAUUUUAGCUAGACAGUUAACCACAUUAUCUGUAAAUCAUGGUACAGCUGCAUGGUAUAGCUGCUCAGGAUGAGGAUGAGGAUGAGGAUGAAGAUCAGGAUCAGGAUCAGUUAUCAUGGAUGAAUAUCUGAGGGAUACUGUUUGGACACAGAGCUGCGGUUUCAGCCAUAACCUUUUACUAUUGCUCUCGCUCUCUUUUGGCAUUUUUUAAAAAAAAAUCACUUUAUCACUUUAUCAUAUCAUUUUACAGCUACACAUUCUGGUUUAAGUUUGUUUUAGCUUCAAGUAAUGAAUUUUUUUUUCAUCUGCAACAUUCAGAUGUUGUUCAAAGGAAGAUUUUUACACCCGACAUCUGAGAGAAAGAGAGAGAGAAAGAAAGAAGGGGGAAAGAGAGAAAGAAAAACUAAACAAAGUAAUUAAGAAGGGUAAUUUGUCAUCCCCCACAGAAAGACUUAUAUCUUAUUAAAUAUAACAAUAAGAUUUCUACACUUUGGAAUAAAUUAAUCGUCUUAUCACAGAGACUGGGUUUUCUGUUAAAAUAACAAACUUGCUUGCAGACAGUUUAUAAGUGAGUCAGUUGUACUUGUCGGGACUUUUACCUUUAUUUAUUAAUCAAUAAUUAUAUUCAUGCAGUUCAGAUGCAAUACCCAGGGCAUGUGCCAGUGGAAUGAGGUGCGUGUUUAACGGAAGCUCAGUAAUGUCUCAGUGAGGACUGCACUGCAUUCUGGGACUUUGGGCGUUUUUGGUGCGUUUUUAAACUUUAGCUCGACCCUUUCUUCAGUGUUAAAACGAAGCGAAGAGCUAGUGAAUAUCGACCAGCAGCAUCACGUGUGUCUUGUUUUGUAAAAGUGCUCUGUACACCAGCAGUCAUCCCCACACCUAAUUAUAACUCAGAUCUAUAAUGUAGGCUAAAACUCCCUCGGGCUAGAGCUGCUGAAUCUAUUUACACCAUUACUGAUGGCAGAUAUGUGACUAUGGGGACAGAGCCUGCAAACCAAAGCAAGCAGCCUCAACCUGCACCUAAUUUAAUAUCAUUAAUACUCUAACUGCAUUAGCUGGAUGACUUUAGGUUUUUUUUUCAUUCAUAUUUUAUCUUUUAAUGGCCUGCUACUUAUUUUACAAAUGCAAAAAUAAAAUUUGAAGCAUUAUUAGUCAGUAGCCUAUAGAUCAUUUAGGUAAAAUAAUGCUUAGAAAUAAACUUAAGUCAUUUAGCCUAUUAAACAACAUACAUGGCACACUGUUUUGUAUAUGCACAGGCUAAAGGGAUAAAGCUGAACAGGCUAACGUAUUGCACUCUUGUUUUGCAUCAGUAUUAAAAUUAAUUUUAUUUUGCUUCAAAGUGACAAUUCAUCAAAUCCUAGACAUCCGAAAAAUAACAACUGAAACAGAUCCUAAGACUUAUUUCAUAAAAUGAGGAAACUAUCAGUACAACAGAAUAACCUACAUAUUUCAAUAGGUCAGCUGUGAAAGUUUUGCUUUUGUUUUAACAAAACCAACAAAUCAAAUAAUUUGCACUAAGACAGUUCUUUCACAUUUAUGUUUGCACUGUGCACCAUCCUUUAAUAACACGCCAUGAUCUAUUCGAUUAUUAUUAUUAUUUUUAAUAAUCAUAUGAGCAUACUAAUUAAAUAUAAUUUAGUUUAAGGCUGAUUUAUCCAAGCUCAGAAAGCAACCAUGAGCAUUUAUUGGAUAUGAGAAGUAGAAAAUGUUAAGUCCUUUCCCUGACCUGACACACAUUAGGCUUUAGUGAAUUAGGUUUAUUCACACUGUUUCCAGAUCUGUGUGUAUGGUUUCUAUAAUGGUCUCAUUUUCCCACAGAUGUAAUGGUCGGCAUAUCAUAGUUCUUACUCUAACAAGAAACACAACUAAUUCAAAUGACAGGGACACAUCCAACUGAAGGAGAAGCCAGAAGUGCAUGAAGCCUGUGCUCACAUUUUAACAUGAAGGAAAAACUUUAGUGUUGUAUUCAUUCAUACAGAGCAAAUUUUAGUCAAAAUGGACACAAAUAAAUGCUCUAAGACUAAUUCAGUAAUGAAGAUUAUACUGUGCAAAUCCAGUCUCUUGUUUGCUGGCUUUUACAACACCACGACACAGUGCAAGUGCUCACACCUCCUCUUAAAAAAGAAUGGAAGCAUCUGGGUGUCUCUUAAUUUUGUCUGCAUGGAUUUUUAAUCUUGCCCUGUGGUGA